GUGAGCAAUGCCCUCUGUGUCUGGCAGUAGGUGUCUGAAAGAUGGUCAGACUUGCACUGAUGAAGACAAACUGGUCCAAGCAGAUGUCGCCAACAAACAGGAUGAAGUUGCUGAAAUGUUUACUGGCGGCCUUGAGUCAAGCACACGUGGCAAAGACAAUCAACUCAAUGCUGAAGACGAGUCGAGGAAUAACUGUGGAAAACAUGGUGAAAGUGAUCUGAAGAACGCGGGGUCUGAUGAUGAGAUUAAAUGGAUCCCCCCUGAUCUGCCCAGCAGAUGCACCUGGAGACCCGGAGCUCCGGUUUCAGAGUCACCUCACAGCCACCCCCCACGCAUUAAACCACCAACGAUCCUCCCCAACAUCCUUGACCACGUUGGAUAUACGCCUUUGGUUCGCUUGAACAAAAUCCCAAAGGAGUUUGGGCUAAAGUGUGAAAUCUUGGCCAAGUGUGAGUUCUUCAAUGCAGGAGGCAGCAUUAAAGACAGAAUCUCCCUGCGGAUGGUGGAGGAUGCAGAGAGAGCAGGGAUACUCAAACCAGGAGACACCAUCAUUGAGCCCACUUCUGGGAACACAGGUAUUGGCCUUGCUCUUAUAGCUGCUGUGAAAGGCUACCACUGCAUUAUUGUUAUGCCUGAGAAGAUGAGUAAGGAGAAGGUCGAUGUGCUGAGAGCUCUUGGAGCAGAAAUUGUGCGCACUCCGACAUCCGCAGCCUUCGAUUCACCGGAGUCUCACAUACGCACGGCGUGGCGCCUAAAGGAAGAAAUUCCCAACUCACAUGUCCUCGACCAGUAUCGCAAUCCCAGUAACCCCCUGGCUCACUACGACACAACAGCUGAGGAGAUACUGGAGCAGUGUGAUGGUAAAUUGGAUAUGUUUGUGGCUGGAGCAGGCACAGGUGGUACGCUCACAGGUGUGGCUCGGAAGCUGAAGGAGAAAUGCCCCAAUGCCAAGAUAGUUGGUGUUGACCCCGAGGGCUCUGUCCUGGUACAUUCAGAAGAAAACACAGAAGAAAACAACAAAAAUUCUCAUUUUGAAGUUGAGGGUAUUGGAUAUGACUUCAUCCCCACAGUACUGGACAAAUCUGUUGUGGACAUGUGGUACAAAUCUUCUGACAGAGAAACAUUUAACAUGGCGCGCAAACUUAUAAAAGAAGAAGGCCUUCUCUGUGGUGGGAGCUCUGGCUCAGUGGUGUCAGCAGCAAUGAAGAUGGCUCAGCAGCUGGAGGAGGGUCAACGCUGUGUGGUAAUCCUGGCCGACUCUGUCCGCAACUACAUGUCCAAGUUCCUGAGUGAUCAGUGGAUGCAGGAGAAGGGCUUCCUCAGCAUGGAGCCUCCGAACGGUAUCAAACCAUGGUGGUGGGACCUGACUGUCCAGAGUUUACACCUGCCCUCCCCCUUCACUCUCUCACCAACUCUGUCCUACAAGAAAACCAUUGAGAUCCUGAGAGAAAAAGCGUUUGACCAGGCUCCAGUCAUCGACGAGUCAGGGUACAUUCUGGGGAUGGUGACUCGGGAAACCAUUCUGUCCAAUGUUAUGUCUGGGAAGGUCAAACUGUCAGAUCCUGUCAGCAACAUGCUCUGCAAAAACUUCCAGCAGGUGCAUCUGACGGACAACCUGGCGAAGUUAUCCUGCAUGCUCAAAUCACAAAGCUUCGUCCUGGUGAUGCACGAUCACACUCAGUAUGAAGGUGAUGGAUCAGCCUGUGAGAGGCAGAUGGUUUUUGGUGUUGUGACAGCGAUCGACCUCCUUAACUUCAUCGCUGCACACGAGGAGCAGCAUCGUUCACCGUCUUAAGGCUCUCUGUCCAACGGGGAGUCUCUGGAAAUAUGUCCCGUUUAGGACAUUAAACAACACACCUGCUCAGCUUGAACUUGUCUGGUUUUAAUAAGUCUUAUGAGAAAACAGAAACUGUAGCAUGAUGCACAUGAGUUCUUUUUUAUGCAACAUUUCACACAUUAGAGUGCAGCAGCAGUAUAUUUAGUGUGUUUGCUCUUUUAAAAUGAACCUUUAUGUUCGAAAAUUGUUUUUACACAAAGUGUCUUGAGCAGAGAAAAGCUAGCAAACUAAUGGUUUAGUUGUU